CGCGACUACGAGCCGAUGCUACGGAACUCAGGUCAACUUCGAACGAUGUUGUAUUGAAGUGAAAGUGGAACUUUCUUUUAUUUAAAGAAAAAUACUAUUAUGAAAAAUAUUUGUAGUUAUUAUCUAAGCAUUAGGAACAAUUUUGGAUUUAUGUGAUAUUUUUGUGAGCAUAAAAUUGGAAAAAUUGGGAAAACAUGAGAGAAAGUCUUCACAAGCUGAUAGAAGUGUGUGGAUUCGACCGCCCUCUGAAAAAUGAACACAGCACAUCUACGUAAAUGGGAGCUCUUGGAAAAGAAAUCAAACAGACGAAAAAUGGCAUGUGAGAGGAUGAAACAUCAAGAUAUCACGUCUGCUCAAACGAAGAAAUAUUAUGGGCAUGCUCCGGCUAAGUAUUCGGAAACAAGAACCGCGUUAAACUUUAAUGUGUUCGCAAAUAACGCCACGUGAAAUGUAGCCAUAAACUGCGGCAAAAUGGGGCAGACACACACGCACGUUGAUACAAACUUCACUCUGGUGAAUUUUUCGGAGAUUUAUGACGUCAUCGCCGAUGAUAAGGACGCGUGCGCCGUCGCUGACGAGCCCAAAUACCCGAGCAGCUUUGGCGUCACGCUAGCCGUGCCCGAAUGGGAGGCUAUUUGCACAGCCAUAGUACUUACACUCAUAAUAAUCUCCACUAUCGUCGGGAACAUCCUAGUAAUCCUCAGCGUAUUUACAUACAAACCGCUUAGGAUCGUGCAAAACUUCUUCAUAGUCUCGCUGGCUGUUGCGGAUUUGACUGUAGCUAUAUUAGUACUGCCUCUCAACGUAGCCUACUCCAUUUUAGGACAAUGGGUCUUCGGGAUUUAUAUGUGCAAAAUGUGGCUAACGUGCGACAUAAUGUGUUGUACGUCGUCCAUCUUGAAUCUGUGCGCGAUCGCUCUCGACCGGUACUGGGCCAUUACGGACCCCAUAAAUUACGCACAAAAGAGAACACUUGAAAGGGUACUCCUAAUGAUUGGUAUUGUAUGGGGUCUUUCAUUGGUUAUUAGUUCCCCUCCGCUGCUCGGAUGGAACGACUGGCCUGACGUGUUCGAACCUGAUACGCCCUGUAGAUUGACUUCCCAACCCGGUUUCGUAGUUUUCUCAUCAUCUGGAUCAUUUUACAUACCAUUAGUUAUUAUGACAGUAGUGUACUUCGAAAUUUAUCUGGCCACAAAGAAAAGGUUAAGAGACCGGGCCAAGGCAACAAAAAUCAGUACGAUAUCAAGCGGCCAGAAUAGGUUCACCGCUAAAGAGUGCGAUCAGAACGACCAAGACUCCGUUAGCUCGGAAGCGAACCACAACGAGCAUCAAGGCGUUACACGUUUAGUUUCCGAUAAUGAAAAGAAAAAGAGGACGAGAAAAUUGACCCCUAAGAAAAAGCAAAAGAAGCGAUAUUGGAGUAAGGACGAUAAGUCACAAAAUAAAUUAAUCAUACCGAUUUUGUCCAACGAGAAUUCUGUGACAGAUGUGGUAGAUAACAUGGAGAAUAGGAAUACGUCUUCCGAGAGUAAUUCGAAGGAGACACACGAUGACGAGUUAUUGGAAGCCGCAGAACCGGUGGUGAAACCCCAAAAGCGGGCAAAACCGAACCAACCUAACGCUGUUUAUCAGUUCAUCGAAGAAAAACAACGUAUCUCGUUAACGCGCGAGCGACGCGCGGCCAGGACCCUUGGGAUCAUAAUGGGCGUGUUUGUCGUGUGUUGGCUACCUUUUUUCGUAAUUUACCUCGUGAUUCCCUUCUGCGCCAGCUGCUGCUUAUCCAAUAAAUUCAUCAACUUCAUUACCUGGCUUGGAUACGUGAACUCCGCGCUUAACCCUCUAAUAUACACCAUAUUUAAUAUGGACUUUAGACGCGCGUUCAAGAAACUGCUCUGUAUAAAACCGUAAUAAGCAUGUGUUGUGUGCCAAAGACUGUAAAAUUAAUUAGUUUUGUGCUUCGAGUAUAGUUAUCAAAAGCCGCUGAUUUGCUCAAAUUAAAGUUUUGAAACAUUAGUAGUUAUAUGAUUAUGUGAAUU